CGUGGGGGUCGCUCCAUGCCCGGGGGGGAGCCGGAGGAGGGCGGGGGAAUGGCGGGAGGGCGGCGGGCAGGAGGAGGAGGAGGAGGAGGCAGCAGCGCAUCACCCGGGGGGGUGUCGGUGAAGAUGUCGCUUCGCCGCGCCUACUCCAUCAAGGACAAGCUCCAGGCUAUCGAGAGGGUGAAGAAGGGCGAGCGCCAGGCGUCGGUGUGCCGCGCUUUCGGGGUGCCGGGAGGCACGCUCCGGGGCUGGCUGAAGGACGAGGCGAAGCUCCGCUGGUUCCUGGAGCAGCUCGGCGGCGAGGUGGGCACCCAGCGCAAGAAGAUGCGCUUGGCCAACGAGGAGGAGAUCGACCGCGCCGUCUACGCCUGGUUCCUCGCCCUGCGCCAGCACGGCGUGCCGCUCUCCGGACCCCUCAUCCAGGCGCAGGCGGAAGCCUUCGCCCGGCAGAUCUACGGGCCUGAAUGCACCUUCAAGGCCAGCCACGGCUGGUUCUGGCGCUGGCAGAAGCGCCACGGCAUCUCCAGCCAACGCAUCUACGGCGAGGGCGGCCUCCCCGCCGAGCCCGAGCGUGCCCCGGCCGCCCGCGCCGAGGUCCUGCCCGACGCCGGCGGCUACGGGGACGAGCAGAUCUACAACGCCAACAUCACCAGGCUCUUCUGGAAGCUUCUUCCCGGCGCUGGAAUCGCGGCGAGGCGUCCGGCCCGCGGCGAGCGCGUCACGGUGCUGCUGGCCGCCAACCUGACCGGCUCCCACAAACUCAAGCCCUUGGUGGUUGGGAGUCUCCGUGAUCCCGCCAGCCUCCGGCAUCACAACCAGGAGAAAUUCCCGGCUUGCUACCGCUACAGCCCCGAGGCCCGGCUGGCGCCAGCGCUUCUGCGGGCUUGGUUUUUUGAGGACUUCGUGCCGGGGGUCAAGCGGUACCUGCGGCGCAGCUGCCUGCAGCAGAAGGCCGUGCUGCUGCUCAGCUCCGCUCCGUCCCGCUCCUCAUCGGGGGCUGAGGAUCCCUCACCGCUCCAGACUCCGGACGGCUCCAUCCGCGCCCUCUUCCUCUCCAAGGGUCCCUCCGGGAGCGGCGUGGCCGGAGCGGGAGGCCGAAUCCCGGCACCGCUGGAGCAAGGGGUGGUGUCGGCCUUCAAGCAGCUCUACAAGCGGGAGUUGCUGCGCUUGGCCGUGUCCUGCGGCGGCCCCGGCGGCCCCGCGGACUUCGUGCGGUCCUUCCUCCUCAAGGACAUGUUGUACCUGGCUGGCCUCUCCUGGGACCUCAUCCCGCCCGGAUCCAUCGAGAAGUGCUGGCUGCUGGGGCUGCGCGCCGCCUUCGAGCCCCAGCCCGGCGAGGAGGAGCACGGGGACACCGCGGGAGGGGAGGAAGGCGGGGGGGACAGCAAGGUCUUCAGUGACCUGACCCACCUGGCCGCCUUGGCCUUCAAGCGCCUGGCUCCCGAGGAAGUGUCUGACUGGCUCCACCUGGAUGAUGCAGCUCCAGGCGCGGAGGAGGAUGAUGAAGGCGAGGAUGACGCCGAGGAGGAAGGCGCCGAGGGCUGCGGAGCGGAGGAGGAUGAGGAGGAGGAAGCAGCUGGUGGCAAAAGGGGUGGGGAAGGAGGGGAUCCUUUGCUGCCCACGGCUGGGGAAGCCAUCCGGGGUCUGGAGACGGCGCUGCGCUGGCUGGAGGGACAGGACCCCCGGGAAGUGGGGCCGCUGAGGCUGGUGCAGCUGCGCUCCCUCAUCUCCAUGGCCCAGCGGCUGCGCCGCGGCCACAGCCCCCAGUCUUAGGGCAGUGGUAACCCCCAUUUUUUGGCUACCAACCACCCCUGGUUGGCCACAGAGCUGGGGACACCCCGGUUGUCCCAGGGAGGUGGCGGUGGAGGUGCCACUCACCCCCCUGUGACCGUGACUCGCUGGGGAUCGGGAAGCCCAGAUGCUUGUGGGUCACAAUUUAGGGGAUUUUUUUGUGUGACAGCUCGAAUUCCAGGGUUGUUCCUUACCUAAAUAUAUUUAGGAGGUGCUAUUUUUUACAUCCCUCAUGGCCCCUGGUUGCUGGCACUGCCAGAAAGGGGGUGGGUGCACCCCUCAAAUUGCCCAGUUCUGCCAAUUCCGUGGGGAGAAGGGGCGAGGGAAGGACCUCAGCAUCCCUGGGAUAAUGGGGGAUGUUGCUCUGUUACUCUGAGAUGUAACACUGAAGUGUUUCACUGAAAAAUCCCCAAAUCCCAGAGCGUGGCUGAGGUGGGCAGGGACCACUCCCAAGGUGCUGCAGGAGAAAUAUUCCACCUUGGAAGAGGCUGGUGACGCCCUUCCCACUGCCAAAACAGAAUCCUGUUAAACCAGGAUGGUUUGGGGCUGGUUUAAGACAUUUUCCUCCAGGCACUGGGUUGGGAAAGGGACACUUGGGUGGCAUCCCAAGAGAGAGUCACCGUCAUUCCCAUGGGAACACCUGGACCACAGAGACCUGCUGAACCAGGGACCAUCACCUGAGCACCCUCAAGGAGCUGAAGGCUCCAGGGAUGGGGGUUGAGGUGCUCCCCAAGGGGUUUUUGGGGUGGCCAGGGCCGGAGGAUGCAUCUGAGCGGGUUGAGGUUGGAGCAGGGAAGGCUCCCAGCACCAAAUCGGAAUAUUGGGGGCAUCUGAUAGGAAUUUAGGAGUUCCUCACCUGAUCUGGAUGAAAUUUUAGGGUGUUUAGUCGAAUUAUUGGAAGAGGGAAAUUAAAUGAACUCCUCAGUGCUGCCGUGCCCCCGUGUCAGCGGGCAGGUGGGGGUUUUUACUUGUUGGGUCUUUGUCUCCUCGCUGCAGAGUUUAUGGAAAUAAAAUGGAUUUUUAUUCCCACGUGAAUUAUCGUCUGUGAACUGUCACGUGGAGCCAUCCCAGAGGGAUUUUGGGUGGCACCAGGGGGAACUUCAUGGGGUUGUGUCCUCUCAGUGUGGCCUUCUCCACACCAAUAGGGUAUAAUCAUGUAAAACCACGUUUCUGUUUAUUUUUAUCACUUUUUGCACCAAAAUCACCCCAUGAGAAGAUUUUGGACCUUGGGGUGUGGCUCAUUUCAAACAGGAGUUUGUGAAUGAAAGGAGGGUUCAGUUGUGUGACAAAAAUGUUGCAAAGAUCAGCAGAAGGUGCUGGGCUGGAGGUCUGUGAGUGGUUUGGGGAGGGUGAAAAUAUCAAAUCAUGGAAUGGUUUGGGUUGGAAGGGACCUGCAAGGCCAUCAAAUUCCAGCCCUCUGCUGUGGUCAGGGCCACCUUACCCUACCCCAGGUUGCUCCAAGCUCAGUCCAGCCUGGCCUUGGACACUUCCAGGAAUGGAGAAGCCACAGCAUCUCUGGGAAUUCCAUUCCAUUUCCUCACCACCCUCCCAAGCAGGAAUUCUUUCCCAAUAUCCCAUCUAACCCUGUCCUCUGGCAGUGGGAAGCCAUUCCCUCUUGUCCUGGCACUCCAGGCCCUUAUCCAAAGUCAGGGCUCAGCAUCCAGAUAUUCCCACCAGUGACGUUUUGCCAAGAAAAAAACCUUUUCAUCCUCAAAGCAGUUCCCAAAUCAUGGCUAAUUGCAUCCAUGCAGGUGCCAGGAGGCAAACAGAGCUUAAUUGGGGCAUUGAAAAGGCUCAGAUCCUCUCCUGAUGGGCAAGUUUGAGUUUCUACCGCUCAAUAUUCCCGGAGCUGGGAGCAGAUCAGGGUUUCCAUCCCAUUCCCUGGUACCAGGGUGGGAUCGUGGUGCAGAUUUUUUGGCUGGUUGAGCUCUUGCCCGUAGUUCUGGAAUGUGGGCAGCAUCCUCAUGGAUGUGGCUCUGACCACAGGGAUGCAGCCGUUCUCCCAGCCCCAGCAGGCUUAAAUUGGGAUCACCUCAUUCCCAAAAGUCUCUCCCCAGUGCCACACAUCCCACACCAGCUUCAUCCUUGGUGA